AGUGAUCACGUGACCUAACUUCCAUCUUGGGCUUCAGCCACGAGGUUUCGUGAACGAAACGACAAUUUUGUUAUUUGGUAGAAAUUAAUUUUUACUUUUUGAGCUGACAAUAUCAGUCAUGCCGUCUAGUAAUCCUUUACCUCCAAAAGAAAAUUCAUUGUUCAAACGGAUUCUGAAAUGCUACGAACAAAAGCAAUACAAAAAUGGUUUGAAAUUUGCAAAGCAAAUUUUGACAAAUCCAAAAUACGCCGAUCAUGGAGAAACGUUGGCGAUGAAAGGUCUGACCCUGAACUGCCUGGGCCGCAAGGACGAGGCCUACGAGUACGUGCGCCGUGGCCUGCGCAACGACCUUCGCUCGCACGUGUGCUGGCACGUGUACGGCCUGCUGCAGCGGUCCGACAAGAAGUACGACGAGGCCAUCAAGUGCUACCGCAACGCGCUCAAGUGGGAGAAGGACAACAUUCAGAUUCUCAGGGAUCUCUCCUUGCUGCAGAUACAGAUGCGCGAUCUGGAGGGCUAUAGGGACACACGCUACCAACUGUUCAUGCUGAGACCGACACAACGAGCUUCAUGGAUCGGUUUCGCUAUGGCCUACCACCUUCUCAAAGACUAUGAAAUGGCUCUCAAAAUAUUGGAUUCGUUUAGAAAAACCCUAGUUUGUAAUGCUUACGACUACGAGCAUAGUGAACUGUUGCUGUAUCAGAAUAUGGUGAUUCAGGAAUCUGGGGCUUUGGAAGAUGCACUCAAACAUCUGGAACAGUUUCAUACUCAAAUCUGUGAUAAGCUGUCUGUGGAUGAGACAUGGGCAAACCUGUACCUGCGACUGGAACGUUACGAUGACGCAUGCGACAAAUACAAACAGCUGCUGCAGCGCAACCCGGAGAACAUGGGCUAUUACACGUGGCUGCAGGAUGCGUUGCAGCUCAAAACCAGCGAAGAACGGUGCAAGCUGCUUGUCGAGUACUGCGAGAAGUUCCCUCGCGCCCUUGCUCCGGCCAGGCUUAUACUCAAAUAUGCCACAGGUGAUGUGUUCAGAAAAGAGGUAGACAAGUACCUGAGACGAGGUCUGCACAAGGGUGUACCUCCCCUCUUUGUCGACUUGCGCUCUCUCUACAAGGACAAGGCCAAGGUAGCCAUCAUUCAGGAACUCAUCUUCAGCUAUAUAGAUGCACUCGACAAGACUGGCUCGUUCAGUAUAGAAGAAUCGAAAAACGAGAGUUUAGCGAAAGAACCAGCCUCGGCGCUGCUGUGGGCCUACUACUACCUGGCUCAGCACUACGACUACCUCGGGGACACCGAGAAGGCGCUGCAUUACAUCAACAUGGCCAUCGACCACACGCCCACGCUCAUUGAGCUAUUCGUUACCAAGGGCAGGAUAUACAAGCAUGCGGGAAAUGUGAUGGAAGCGUUCACAUGGCUGGAUGAGGCUCAGGAACUGGACACGGCUGACAGGUACAUCAACUCCAAGUGUGCCAAGUACAUGCUCAGAGCCAAUCUCAUUAAGGAGGCUGAGGAAACAUGCUCUAAGUUCACCAGGGAAGGAGUGUCAGCCAUGGAAAGCCUGAAUGAGAUGCAGUGCAUGUGGUUCCAAACAGAGUGCGCUUUGGCCUAUCAGAGGCAAGAGAAGUGGGGUGAUGCCCUCAAAAAAUGUCACGAAGUCGACAGGCAUUUUUCUGAAAUAAUUGAAGACCAGUUCGACUUCCACACGUACUGCAUGCGUAAGAUGACGCUACGCUCGUACGUCGGCCUGCUACGUUUGGAGGACGUACUACGUUCGCACCCAUUCUACUUCCGGGCGGCGCAGUGUGCCAUCCAGGUGUAUCUGCGGCUGCAUGACAAACCGCUGCAGGACGAGAACACGGAACAGGAGCUCAAUACAGAGAACCUAGCGCCGUCUGAGCUGAAAAAGCUGCGUAACAAGCAGAGGAAAGCGAAACGCAAAGCUGAGCUGGAAAAGGCGCAACAAGUGGCGGCCGCUGAGAAGCGGGAGCAGCACAACAAGUCACGGCAGGCCGGGGGCGGAGGGGCUGGUGGGGCGGCUGGAGGCGGAGGCGGUGGUGGGGGUGGAGGUGCCACUGAGGCUGAACCCGAUCUGCCACAGCUCGAUGAGUUGGUGCCUGAUAAGUUGGCUAGGGCUGAAGAUCCCCUGGGCCAGGCGAUUAGAUUUCUGCAGCCGCUGCAACAGCUGAGCGCCAACCAGGUAGAGACACAUCUCAUGGGAUUCGAAAUAUACUCCAGGAAAGAGAAACCGCUGCUAAUGCUGCAGUGCGUUCGACGUGCGUGGCGCCUGGCACCUUCGCACGCAGAGGUGCACGCGUGCGUGGUGCGAUUCGCGCAAGCGUGGCAGCGCUGGCAGAGCCAGAGUCCCCCCCUGGACCCCGCCGUCAACACGGUCAUCAGCCAACAGAUGCAGCCCAUACUGCAGGGGCGCACCGCCCUCCAGAUCAACACACAGUUUCUGGCUGCCAACGGCGACAGUUUGCCGGCUGUCUUCCAAGCUGCAAAGAUGAUGUACCACUUGGAUCCUUCGACACAACAGACUGCUAUCAAACUGGUUACAAAUCUCAGCCCAACGAUACAGAAUGUCACUCUACAGAUGUGCUCAAACAUCCUGAAAUCGCUGAAGUCGGGCGACUUUGGUGACUGCGAAGAGGCGAGCUUAGCUUACGCGACCGUGUGCCGCGAACGCUUCCCGCACGCGACCGAGUUUCAGCAGCAGUCGCUUGCGACCGCGACCAGCGACAAGUCGCAGUCGGAUGCGGCCUCGCAACAUGUCCUCGAAAGCCAAGAGAACCAGGUUAGCAACUGACCUCAGCUAGUAUGCAGUCCACCGCGAACCAUGUCGUGUCGUGUCGUGUCGUUCAACUACUGACAGGUCACCAAAAACAUGUCGUGUCGUGUCGUUCAACUACUGAUGCGUCACCACAAACAUGUCACAGACUCCUCACAAAAAGCUUUGAAAUGAACAGUAGUGUGUGUGCAAGUUAUUCUGUAAAUUUGAUUUUCAAUACUAUUGAAAUAAUAGUAAUUCUUCUCAAUUGGAAAUGUUUCAAAUGAUGGACGAUGGAAGUAACUAUGUAAAUUGCUGUUUAUGGAAGUGUUUCUGUAAAUUUCAGUUCAAUAUUAUUAAUCUAAGGCUGGGCACACGCCGAUUAGUCAAAACAAAACUAGUCACGUUUAGUCACAAUACUUCACAUAGUUGCUCAUGAAGACAUGUCUAAUUGCAAUGACUAUCAGUGUGAGUUGCGUCAUAAGCAACAAUGUGAAGUAUUGUGACUAAACGUGACUAGUCUUGUCUUGACUAACCGGUGUGUGCCCAGCCGUACUUGUCACUGAUUUUUCAUGAUAGUGACUCUUGGAAAUGAUUUUGAAUACCAUUGAAGACUCCAUUAUUGAAUAUCAUUAAACACUAUGCAAUGGUGUACAGUUCGUGGAAGAAAUUCGCAAUUGAAUUUUAAUUCUAUAGAAUAUUAUUUAUAAACUAGUUGAUUUUCAAAAUUGUACAAAAAUGAUUUGGAACAAAAUCUAAAAUUAGGUUUCAAGUGACUAUUUGUAGUCAAUACUAUACAAAAAUGAUUUUGAGCAAUUUCUUUGAAUUAUGGUUCAAAAGACUAUCUAGAGUUCUGUAGAAUAUUAUAUAACCUAGUUAAUUUUCAUUACUUUACAAAAAUGAUUUAGAACAAAAUCUUUGAAAUGGAGUGCAAAUGACAACUUGCAAUAAAAAAAUGAUUUUGAACAAUAUCUUCAUCAAGUGACUAUCUGUCAAUUGGAGACUCUUCAAUGAUGUAUGAAAGUACUAUGUACUGUGAAAAUUGAUUUGAAUGCUAUUGAAGUGAUAGUGGAUUAUCAAUGGAAAAAAUUUCCAUUUCUGAACAAAUACUUGUAUUGAAAUAGGAUUUAAUUUGAAUCCUAAUAAAAACUCCUUGAUUGGUUUUCAUAACUAUGAAAUUAUGUUCAUUGAAUUGACAAUGUAAAAAAUGGAAUUGAAUGUAAAUUUGAUCUUCAAUACUAUUCAAAUAGAAGUGGUCCUUUUCAAUUUAAAGAUCUUCUCCAUUAUUGAUUUUAGAUCUCUCAAUAUCAUUUCAUUACUAUUGAAUUUGUAGCUCUCUGUAAAGUUUUUUAUGAAAGACUUUGGUCCCGUUGCACAAUAGCCGUUUAAAUUUUAACUGUGAUAAAUUUCACGAGAACCAAUCAGGAAGGCGUUUUUGAAAAGACACGGUUAAAAUUUAACCGGCUGUUGUGCAACCGGCACUUUAUCUUUUGGGUCUCCUGAUGAUUUUUGAGGAAAUUUCAUAUAUACAACCAAGUAAUGAACUAUUUAUUUAUAAUUAUACAUUGAAACACAAUAUUGGAAUGAAAAAACAGACGCUAACCAAAAUUUCUUCUAUUUCCAAAUUUAGUCUAAUGAAAUGUCCAGAGUGGUGGUUGAGUUUACAUCACAAAAAGAAAUUAACAUCAAAAUGAAUAACUAGUGUAAGCUAUAACAUUUUGAUUUUCAAUUUUGAUAGAUUAGUCUAUUCCAAAGGAACUUGGCCGCAGCACUUUAAUAUUCUCUCUGUCCAUAAAAUAACAAUUACAGCCUGUUUUGAAACCUUUAUUCCAAGAAAAUUUGUACGUGUUCAUAAUUUUUAUUAGGUUAUUCGAGUAAAUAAUAUCACAAAAAUCAGAGAGUAUACUAAAUUGAGUGUUCUAAAAAAUUAUAGUUUCCAAAAGUAAGUUAUGUUCAAAAUUGGAAUAAAUUUCAAAACAUUAUGUGGAACAUAAUUAUUUUGAUGAUCCUUCUAUAUUAAGGUGCGUACAGAUUUACGCGCCGCGAACAUGAGCAAUUUACUUUUAAUCAGCUGAUGCCAAGCUUUUUAUAUCUGUAUCUUACCGUUUCUGUAAAAAUACAGAUAUAAUCAGCUGAUUAAAAGUAAAUUGCUCAUGUUCGCGGCGCGUAUAUCUGUACGCACCUUAAUACGCCACUCUAUUGGUAAAAUAUAAUUUUUCUGAUCCACCAGAAUCUGAGAUGAUAAUACCUCAAUAUUCAAUACUUGAUAGUUGCUCUAAACUCAAAUCCUAUAUUCUGAAACCAAAUUGUAAGAAACUUCUGUAAUCAACAAUUAAAAUUGUAAACUUAGUUUGUGACAAUCAAAUAUUGGAUAUUGUUGUAACAAAUAACUUAUUGUAUCGAUAUUGAACCUCGGAUAAAUACAUGUUGAGCUGUAUUUACAUCUAACGACACCAGACAGAAACCAGAGAUCACAGAAAAUAAUAUUCACUUAAUUUAUGUAAAAACGUGAAUGUAGCGCGCCAGAGAAAAAUAAUAUACUUCAUUAUAAUUUGUUUGACAACAAAAUAUUAAACACGUCUAUUUGUAUCAGACAAACACAGAACAGUCUGUUGGUUACUGUGAUAUGUGUCUGUAUGGUGUCGUGUGGUGUAAAUAAAAACUACAAUUUCUAUCAUAAGCUAAGGAUAGCAUCUAAUAAUUUUGUUGUUUGUUUGUCAGUGAUAGAUAGGUAUUUACAAAAAUAAAAAUCCCUUGUAAAAUACAUCAUCUUCCCUACUAAUUAAUGUAGAAUUAAGUAAAGUUAUUUGGCUUAUUGAAUAAUAAAACAGAUUGUAAAAUAUUUGUAGUAUAAUCAUUUCUAGAAACUAGAUACUGUACUCCUCAAGUAUGAACUAUUUUCUUUGGUUUUUGCAGAAUACAAAUUCGUGACAUGGAACUUUCAGAACUGUUUUUGACUAGUGUUAUGAAUGAAACGCAAUAAUUCUCAAUCUAUUCUAUAAAUAUUGAUAAAAUUGUUGUACAGUUUACAUCUGAAUCAUCAACUACCACCGAAAAGUGUGUGUGAGUGGAAACAUCAUCGGUGAAAAUUUAAAGUGAGAUUUAAUUUAGAUGUGUUGUAGAAUGUGUGACAGUUUUUAAAUGAUAUUAUUUAGGAGAUACUGAAUUGAAGAUUAUUUUUAAUAAGCUGAUCAGUUCAAUCGAAUGUUUUCACAGAUAUU